AUCUAGUUCUGAGGCGGCUGGUCAAAGAGGUAGGCUUUUGUAAUUAAUUAUCCUGUACUGAUCGGCCAGUCUUUCUGUCUAUAUAUGGAUGUCUGAUCUGCGUGGUCUUUUCUUAUCCGAAUUCACCUCCAUCUCAAGCUAAAUCUUGCUAGGACUCAAACAACAAGCAGGCAGUAGCUGCAGCACCUCGAUCUAUAUAUAGUCGAUUAAGAUCAGAAUCAUGAUCAUGGAAAUCAGCAGCUUAGCAGAUGUGCUCCCGAAGGUUGCCAUGUUUGUUCUUGUCCAGGCUUUGGUUUAUCUCAUCCUCUCCAAAUCAUCGAGCAUCUUCUCCAGAAACAGCGACAUUAAAUCACUUAGUUUUAGACAAGUUCGCUCCCUAAGUAUUAACCGGAUCCUUGCUGCUCUUGGCGACAUGCCGGCCGAGCUGUCUCCUGUUUCAAGAAGCCCCGGCCAAUCUCCAAUCCAAGAAAAUUCAAAGCGGCAUCAUCACACAUCUUAGGAAUAUUCAUAUAUUCUUGUUUAAUUUGCCGGUUGUUUAUUUUGGUUUUGGUUUUUCAUAGAUCGAUGGCACAAAGGACGUUGCUGCUGUUGGCAACUUCUAAUAUUGUUUGAAUAUUGAUGGUGUAUUAUAUAUUUUGUGUGUAAAAGUUUAAUUUACAUACAUGGAUUGGAAGGUUUUUGUUGUUCGUUCAUGAUUUUCAUAAUUGGACAGACCCAAUUGUUGUA